GCCCAGUCCGCACGGAGCGCCGCCAUGCCCCAGCAGUCCGAAGCAACAAUUCUCUCUCAACUGACCGAAGUCCCUGCCGGCUGGCCCCUGGCCACCGUCAUCGGUGCCUUCGCCGACUUGGCUUUUUAUGAUCCAAGUUGUGCUGACGCGACCCGAGCUCUCGAGGCGUCGAGCCAUCGGCUGGUGGAUUUGUGGGCCUCGCAGCCGGCGGAGGCCGAGGCCUGGCUCCAGCGAUGCCGGGAGCGCUUUGCGACGGAGCUCGCGGGUGAGGCCACCAGCUGGCUGAAGCGGUGGCUCGCAGGGGGCAAGGAGACGAGGCAGGAGCAGCUCUGCGAGGCGCUGCUCCGGCACGGGGCGGCCGAGUACGGCAAGUACGAGAGCGACUACUGGCACUUCUCCGAGGCGGGGCUCCUGCGAGGAGAGCCGCAGAGCUCAGCAGCGGAGCGGGAGCGCCGGGCGGCUUUGUACCUGCAGCAGCCCCACACCCGCGCUCGCUGCCGAGAGCUCGCGGAGCGGCUCGCGGCGGCCGAGAGCCCGGAGACGGCGCGGAAGCGGCAGAAGCUCGAGGAGGAGACCGCCGAGCGCCGGCGCCUCGAAGCGGAGCUGCACAAAUCGCAGGAGGAGGGCCGAGAUCUGCGCAAUCGCCUGGCUGCGGCGGAGGGAGAGGUGGCCAGCAAGGAUGCGGAGCUCCAAUCUGCGCAGAGCGAGGCCGCCAAGUGCAAGAAGCGGUGCGAAGAGCUCACGACUCGCGCGGCAGCUGCGGAGUCAGCCGUGGUGGAGCUGCGGCAGGAGCUCGGGCAGUUGCAGGGCGAAUGCAGCAACUGCCGGGAGCACUGUGAGGAGCUCCCGGCUCAGUUGCAAUUGCAAGCGGCAGAGGCAGAAGUAUCCGAGCAUGUCAAGACCAAGGAGCUUCUUUCGCAGGCCGAGUCCCAUGCCGCCGAGAAGCAGCUGGAGGUGCAGCGACUGCAGCCAGACGCGAGUCGCAGCUUCCAGGACGGUUCUCAGCGGGCUGAGGUUCACCUGGCGACGGGGAGCUGCAAGGCAGUCUUGCAGGACCGGUGUGAGCAGCUCCAGCAGCAGCUUGCGGAAGCACGUGGUCAGCUGGAGGUUCUGUGGGAAGAAAGGGGCAUGUACAAGGAGCGCCUUCGCCAGCUUGCCGAGAGGAAGACCACCUUCAAUCCUCGUGGCCCGGCUCACGACGCAGCCUGCGGUGAUGAGCAGCCGGAUCUUGCCGAGCAACUGGGGUACAGCCUCGUGGAUGAAGACCACGCCUCCCUGCUAAGUCUGCUAAGUGGGUCCUCCGGUUGUUCCGUGAAGCAGAACUGCUUCAUGCUGGAUGCCAUCUUCAAGAGUCGAAUGGACUUCUUCCGCGAGGGGAGUGACCUCCAGAAAGGGUCGCAGGUCCUGGCUGGCGAUGGCAAGACCGUUCUGGAGGUGGUCGACAUCUCAAAAGAAGCGCAAACCACGAAAGUGGUUGACUUGCAGGCGGGCAGUGCAACACUGCGGGUGACCCCAGACCAUCCUGUGCAGGUUCCCAAUGAAGGUGGCAACGCAGGACGCCCUCUUUGCAUGCCGGCGGGUAAGCUUAAGGUGGGCGAGCUCGUGAUGCUGGAUUCAGGUGAGCCGGUUGCGCUCACCAGUGCAGAGACACUGGCCAUGGAGUGCAACGUGCUGAAGAUCGUCUUCAAGCCGGACUUGCCUGUGGCCGUCUUCUCCAGCCCAUCCUGCAUCCUCAGCCAGGGACACCAGAAGUUGCAGACUCGUCGUGGCGUCCGUGGCAGAGGCAAGGAGGCGGCCUAUCCGACGGAUGAGGGAGCUUCCAUUCCGGACACAGCGGCCGGGGAGUACAUGGACUGCAAUGCAACCUUGGAUGCGUUGACACUGGAAGAGCAGGGUCUGGAGAAGAUAAACCAGACACGGCACGCCGCCAUGCUGCAGCAGUCCGAAACAAAAUUUCUCUGGCAGCUGACCGAAGUCCCUGCCGGCUGGCCCCUGGCGACCGUCAUCGACGCCUUCGUCCACUUGGCUGAUUACCAUCCAAAUUACUAUGCAGACGAGUCCCGAGCUCUUGAGGCGGUGAGCUAUCGGCUGGUGGAUUUGUGGGCCGCGCAGCCGGCGGAGGCCCGGGCCUGGCUCAGCCGGCGCCGGGAGCGCUUUGCGACGGAGCUCACAGGCAAGGAGACGGGGCCGGAGGAGCUCCACGAGGCGCUGCAUCGGCAUGGGGCCGCCGAAUGCAGCAAGUACCACGGCGACUGGCGCUUCUCCGAGGCGGGGCUCCUGCGAGGAGAGCCGUGCGGCUCAGCAGCGCAGCGGGAGCGGGUGGCGGCUCGGUACCUGCAGGAUCCCCACACCCGUGCUCUCUGCCGGGAGCUCGCGGAGCGGCUCGUGGCGGCCGAGAGCCAGGAGACGGCGCGGAAGCGGCAGAAGCUCGAGGAGGAGACCGCCGAGCGCCGGCGCCUCGAGGCGGAGCUCCAGAAGUCGCAGGAGGAGGUGCGAGAGCUCAGCAAUCGCCUGGCCGCAGCGGAGGCGGAGGUGUGCAGCAAGACCGCGGAGCUCCAAACUGCGCAGAGCGAGGCCGCCAAGUGCAGGGAGCAGUGCAUGGAGUUCGCAACUCGCGCUGCGGCUGCAGAGUCAGCGGCGGCGGAGAUGCAGCAGGAGCUCUGGCAGUCGCAGGGUGAAUGCAGCAACUGCCGGGAGCGCUGUGAGGAGCUCCUGACUCGGUUGGAGCGGCAGAGGCAUUCCAGACACAGCGGCCGGGGAGUACAUGGACUGAUCCUCUCAGCGCGGCUCGAUGAGAGCCCGAGAAUUCGUGGAGUUCCGCAGCGCUUCCAAGCAAAGCAGGGCUCAAAGGCAAAUCGGAGGUCCUCCUGUGCUCAUCUCGCAGACCUGACCGAAGUCCCUGUCGGCUGGCCCCUGGCGACCGUCAUCGACGCCUUCGCCAACUUGGCUUUUUAUGGUCCAGGUCACCCUCCGUCGGAGCGAGCUCGCGCGGCGGUGAGUACUCGGCUGGCGGAGCUCUGGGCCGCGCAGCCGGCGGAGGCCGAGGCCUGGCUCGAGCGGUGCCGGGAGCGCUUUGCCACGGAGCUCGCGGGCGAGAGGACGAGGCCGGAGGAGCUCCAAGAGGCGCUGCUGCGGCACGGGGCGGCCGAGUGUGGGAAGUACGUUGGCCACUGGUGCUUCUCCGAGGCGGGGCUCCUGCGAGAGCCGUGGGGCUCAGCAGCGCAGCGGGAGCGCUGGGCGGCUCACUACCUGCAGCAUCCCCACAUCCGCCCUCGCUGCCGGGAGCUCGCGGAGCGGCUCGCGGCGGCCGAGAGCCCGGAGACGGCGCGGAAGCGGCAGAAGCUGGAGGAGGAGACCUGCGAGCGCCGGCGCCUCGAAGCGGAGCUCCACAAAGCGCAGGAGGAGGGGCGAGAGCUCAGCAAUCGCCUGGCCGCGGCGGAGGCGGAGGUGUCCAGCAAGGAUGCCGAGCUCCAAACUGCGCAGAGCGAGAGCGCCAAGUGCGAGGAGUUCGCAACUCGUGGUGGAGUUGCAGAGUCAGUGGCGGCGGAGAUGCGGCAGGAGCUCCGGCAGUUGCAGGAGGAGCAUGGCAAGUGCCGGGAGCGCUGUGGGGAGCUCCUGACUCGGUUGGAAGCGGCGGAGGCGGAAGCUUCCGAGCAUGCCAAGACCAAGGAGCUUCUGGCGCAGGCCGAGUCCCAUGCCGCCGAGAAGCAGCUGGAGGUGCAGCGACUGCAGCAAGACGCGAGUCGCAGCUUCCAGGACGGUUCUGAGCGGGCUGAGGUCCACCUGGCGACGGGGAGCUGCAAGGUAGUCUUGCAGGACCGGUGUGAGCAGCUCCAGCAGCAGCUUGCCGAAGCCCGUGGUCAGCUGGAGGUUCUGUGGGAAGAAAGGGGCAUGUACAAGGAGCGCCUUCGCCAGCUUGCCGAGAGGAAGAAGCAAGAGUCCCAUCAUCCCACCUUCAAUCCUCGUGGCCCGGCUCCCCGCGACGCAGCCUUCGGUGACGAGGGGCCGGAUCUUGCAGAGCAGCUGGGGUACAGCCUCGUGGAUGAAGACCGCGCCUCCGUGCUGAGUGGGUCCUCCGGUUGUUCCGUGAAGCAGAAUUGCUUCAUGCUGGAUGCCAUCUUCAAGAGUCGAAUGGACUUCUUCCGCGAGGGGAGUGACCUCCAGAAAGGGUCGCAGGUCCUGGCUGGCGAUGGCAAGACCGUUCUGGAGGUGGUCGACAUCUCAAAAGAAGCGCAAACUACGAAAGUGGUUGACUUGCAGGCUGGCAGUGCAGCACUGCGGGUGACCCCGGACCAUCCCGUGCAGGUUCCCAAUCAAGGUGGCAACGCAGGACGCCCUCUUUGCAUGCCGGCGGGCAAGCUUAAGGUGGGCGAGCUCGUGAUGCUGGAUUCAGGGGAGCCGGUUGCGCUCACCAGUGCAGAGACACUGCCCAUGGAGUGCAGCGUGCUGAAGAUCGUCUUCAAGCCGGACUUGCCUGUGGCCGUCUUCUCCAGCCCAUCCUGCAUCCUCAGCAAGGGACACCAGAAGUUGCAGACUCGUCGUGGCGUCCGUGGUAGAGGCAAGGAGGCGGCCCAUCCGACAGAUGAGGGAGCUUCCAUUCCGGACACAGCGGCGGGGGAGUACAUGGACUGA